AUGGUCCGCCAUAACCUCGAAUACCCCAAAGAUGUCCAUAACACAGUGAACAGAUACAAGCAUCAGGCUGUCUAUUCUCUCACAACUAUCCACACAAUCAUCAACACUACCCCCGUCCUCCAUGUUUCCUUCCAGCCCUCCCCCACAGACCCCUUCCCUGUCAUUUUGCCCAUGAUCGGGCAGAUGGGCUCCUUCUCGCGACCCUCCGCCUCUCUCUCCGAGCCCCUCGAGGUCUAUCUUCAUGGCUACGUCUCAAGCCGAAUCAUGAACCUCGCGCGCUCAUCCCCAGAUACCAAAGGUCUGCCUGUGUGCAUCGCCGCGUCCAAGGUCGACGGGCUUGUCUUAUCCCUCACGCCAAACUCCCACAACUACAAUUACCGAUCAGCGGUCCUGUUUGGGUACGCGAAGCUGGUGGAUGACGUCGAGGAGAAGCUGUGGGCUAUGGAGCUAAUUACAAACUCCGUGGUCCCGGAUCGCUGGCGACAUUCCCGGGUCCCUCCCAACGCCGGCGAGAUGGCCUCGACCCAGAUCUUGCGGGUUCAUAUAGAUAGUGGGAGUGCGAAGGUGAGGGAAGGAGUGCCGACUGAUGUGAAAAGCGACCUGGCAGAUUCGCAGUCACUGAAGACUGUCUGGACCGGAGUCUUGCCUUUGUACGAGCAGUUCGGGGAGCCGGUGCCGGGGCCAUAUAAUGAGGUCAAGGAGGUGCCGGAACAUGUUACGACUUACAGGGAGAGGUUCAAUGGGGAGAGUAUGCAGUACGCAGAGACGGCGGCGAGGAAGAGUGCGCCGGUGGAGUAG